UUUUAAAAUUUCAAAAAGUUUAUGUCACAUACAAAAAACCAUCAAUAAAAAAUAUAAUUCUCCAUCUACAACAAGAAAAAUGAAAAAUUAUAAACAUAUAAAUUUAAAUUAAGAAAAACUAACAUUGGAAAAACAAGAAGUUAAUGUAAAAAAAAACCGACAAAUAAUAUUAUAAAUAAAAUAAAUUUAUAAGACACAAUCCGCGCAAAGCGCGGAGAAAAUCUCUAGUAUACAUAAAGAUCUUUAAGUUACUAUUACUAAAAUAAAUAUAAGACAAAAUUAAUUAUGAUACUACCGUUAGAAUUCUUUAAUAUCCAUCAAUUAUCCUAAUAAGUAAAAUGGUUUAUUAAAACUAAUCGAGAACAUGACAAAUCAGUCAUUUCUUAAAUAAUAGUGGUAGAAUUUGUUAUAUUCAUUAAUUAUACUCAGCCUAAAAUCAUGGAAAACAUGAUAAUUCAGCUAAAUCACUUCUUAAAUAAUAGUAUUAAUAUAUUCGGAUAAAAGAAACAAAACAUAAAUUGGACAAAAUAAAAGACGUUUUUAGCCUACAUUAGGAGAUUAUCCCUCUGUGUUAUCGCUGACACCUCUGCUGCUUUCACCAAGGCCGUAGCAUCAUGGCGGUAGCUUCAGCGUCCUCAAAAUUAUCCGGCCAAGUGUAGCUACUCUGGUCAAAACUAACAAGUGAGCUGUGGGAAUGUGACCCAUAUUGAUCCAUUGUUAACAUUACCAGGGCCGUUUUAGUCAUCACGGCAGACAAUCUCUUGUAAUUGUUUUGGUAUGCGGUGAGAACUUUCAAACCAAAGACCCAAAUAUGUUGGAUUUGAAAGUGAGAGAAGAAUUUCUUACAUAGUUUAGUCUCCUCCAUUUGGGGUGCGAAUGCUGGUUAUUAUGUCGGUAUAUAUACCAUCUUCACCAACUAUGAAUAUUCUGUAGCGAAUCUCACCUCUGAGAACUGUAGGACCGUCAUACACUCCAUGACCCAAAUAAAAGCUUCACAUUCUGCAUGUAAAGAUGUCUACUAGGGAAAUUCAUUGACCCCAUAAUCUUGUCAUUUGAAACUCUUGUGCACGAAAACCAUCCUUGUCAUGAAAAUUUAUCUUGUCAACUCGAUGAUCCAUCUACAUAACACCAUCACAUAUCUCCUUCUUGUUAUCCCAUUUGCGAGCAAUAUGUAUCAUCUAGAUUUUUUAACAUCGUUAAUUUGUGGUUUAGUCGGCAAUUUUCUCUUUAUUUCUGCUAGACACAAGAUCUCUUAUGGGUUUCCAUUUUUUUAUAGUUCUUGUCAUUUCUAUUUUUUCCAAAUGUACCAUAAAAUCCAUAGAAAAUAAUUGAAGUCAUGAUCCUUAGGAAGUCUCCAAAACAAAUAAUUCAUGUUCACGAAUAUCAAUGAUACUGGAAAAACUCAUGGAUUAGAUGAAAUUUGUGACAUCGCCCAUAUUUAAAUUGCUGGUGGACAUUCAAAUAGGAUGUGAUUAAUUGAUUUGUCAUCUGCACCACAUGUACUGAAUUCCUCUUGACUUUAAAGCCUUAGUAAUUGGUAAAUAUCUUGAUAAUGCUUGCCAAACAAAAUGUUUAAAUUUUGGACAGAAUUGAAGCUUCCAAGUGUACACCAAAAGUGGUUUAGUGUUUGGACUAUAAUACUAUGUGUUUGUAUUCAUAUCUGGGUAUAAUUUUCUGUUUUAUAUCUUGAUUUCACUGUAUACCUCCCAAAUAAUAUAUAAUGUCAUCCAUAUGUAUCUAGUUUAGAGGUUCGACUCACUGCCAUACUUUGAAUGAUUUUCACAUCAUCCGGGUGAAUAUAUUGCCUUAAGAAAAAUUUACAUUCCAAGUAUGAUCCACCAGAUUAAUAAGAUUAUCCAUAUUAAGUAAAAGUAGGAAAUUCAUUUUGAAGUUUUGGUAAUGCUGACCUCGGACGAGGAGCGGAAAUCCAAGAAUCAUUCCAUAUUGACAUAGAUUUCCAUGUACACACUGAUUUGAUUAGCCAUUUUUUAACUAGAAUUGAGCAAAAAUCAUACUUCUCCAGCCAUAUGAUGUCGAAUAUGAUUUUAUUCGAUCCAAAAAAUAUGAGUUUUGAUAAUACCUCCCUCUAAAGAAAUUUGCAAAUAAAUAUUUUGGCUCUCUAUCAGUUUCAAAAAUAUUUUGCUAAUAAAAAAAUAUUGAAAUUUUGUAGGUCACAAAAAACUAAUCUCCCAUCUUCUUUAUCUCUGCACACUUUUUCAUAUGAAUACCAUACAUACCUUUUACGUUUCCUCUACUUCUCCACCAAAAUUUUUCUAUUAUACUCAUUAGUGUUUUCAUCACCAUUUUUGUCAACCUAAAACAUGACAUAACAUGUGCAGCCAUCGCUGAUGUUAUUUUUUUUCCUCCUUUUGUAAGAAAGCGAAAUGUCCAACUGUUCACUUUAUUAUUAAUCUCCCUAUUUCCGAAACCAAAAUUUUGGGUCUUUGACCCGCUUUAACUCUCUAAGAUUUCUAAAUAAUUACUCAUUCUCCCGAUGGUUGUUAUCCCCAUGAGGUUUUGUAUUUCCACCCUCGUGUCUUAUAUGACCUUAUGAGGAACUGUAAAGGUAAUUUGGAGACAAUAAUUUGUUGACCAGACACAUGCUCAUACACUUUAAGGAUAUUUAAAAUAACCUUGCAUUCUUCUUUUUUCUUCAAGAAAAAAUAAAUUAUCAUCUGCAAAUAGAUGAGGGAUUUCGUACAUAAAAUAAAAAAGAUAGGGUGAUAAAAGAUCUUCUUGCGUCAAUCAUCUUUUUGGUAUAAUAUGUGUUUUAGUUGUCCAUUUAUGACGAUUUUGUAUUUUACCAAUGGGAUGCAUUUCAACAGCCAGGAAACCCAUACCUGUGAAAAAUACCAUUUUAGGAAGAAGUUGUUGUAUAGAAAGCCAUUCAAAUCAAUAAUAUGCCUAACUCAUUUCCGUCUUUAGUGAGGCAUUUUUCUUACAUAAAUUAUUUGUUCGUAGCUCAUGAAACAUCUUCAAGAAAUUAAUAUAUUGUCUGAAUAUAGACGUUCUGACAUAAACACAAACUGAAUCUCCAAAAUCAACAUUAGAAGUAAUACUUUCAAUCAAUGACAAAGCACGUUCAAAAAUAGUUUUAUAUCCCACUUACACAAAUUAAAUGGCCGUAACUCCGUCAUAUUACUUGACCUAAUUUUUUUUGGAAUAAGAAAAAUGUUAAUUAUAUUUAAUCUUUGAUCAAAUGAUCUCGAGUGUAGAAAACUAUGUUAACGGUAACAACAAAAUCCGCUUUAAUGAUUGACCACGAUUGCUGGAAAAGGCUAUAAUACCAUCCAGCCCAAAAUUUCUUGGAUACAUCAUAAAUAAUGUUGAUUUCACUUCCUCCUCAAAUGACAUAGAUGCCAAUCUAGUAUUUUGAUAAACCGUAAUCAACUCUCAAACUUCCUUAAAAUUCUUCAAAACCAAAUUAGGACAUCUACUGAAAUAAAUCCUUAAAACUCUUAAUCGUAACUCCUUCCACCUCCGAUUCCAAAGUGACCUAGGUGUAAACCAACUAUUUUUUUUAGAAUUAAAUCAAUAUAUUAAUAAACAUACAAGAAUAACACAUUUUAUAUCAUAACGAAUGUAAAUGACAAAAAAAACUAAGUAGACGACUAGAAGUAACUUUAAUGAAGAAAUAAAUAAAUGAGACAACUUCCAUUAUCAUGAAUGUAUCUCUAUAUAUAUCGUUAGGAUGUUCUUGUGAAGAAUAAAGAAUAAGUAAGAAAAAUUAACAGAAUAGAUGUCAAGAACAGUAACAACAUCAUGUGCAUAUGAAGAAACGUUGUUGUAUAAAAAGCCAGUCCAGUCGAUAGUAUACCGUACUCAUAUUUGUCUUUAUUUUUAGAUAUUUUUCUUAAAUGGGUUAUUUAUUCGUAACUUGUGAAACAUAUUUAAGAAAUUAAUAUAUUUUCGACGUCACGACACAAACGUAGUCUGAGUGUCCAAAAUCGACUUUGGAAGUAAUACCUUCAGUCUUUGACAAAGUACCUUUGAAAUAAUUUUAUUUAAACUAAAUGGCCAUAACUCCGUCAUAUGAUUUGACCUAACCUUUUUUAGAAAUCAAAUAAAUAUUAGUUACAUUUAAUCUUUUAUCAAAUGAUCCCGAGUCUAGAAAAAUGUUAACGAUAACAACAACAUCCACUUCAAUGACUGACCACGAUUGUUGGAAAAAGACUAUCAUGCCAUCCAGUCCGGAAUUUUUUGGAUACGCUAUCAUAAAUAAUGUUGAUUUCAUGUUAUCCUUAAUUUCGAUAGAAGCUAAUCUAGUAUUUUGAUUAACCAUAAUCUACUCUAGAAACCUCCUUAAAUUUUCUUCAAAAAACCAGAUAGAGACAUCGACUGAAAUAAAUCCUUAAAAUACUUAACCGUAACCCCUUCCACCUCCGAUUCCGAAGUGAUCCAAGUGUAAAAAAAAUAUUUUAGUUGAAUUAAGUAAACAUAUUUAAUAUACAUACAAGAAUAACAUAUUUAAUAUCAUAACAAAGGUAAACGACAAAAAAAAAUCUAAGUGGAAGACUAGAAGUAACUGUAAUGAAGAAAGAAAUCAAUGAGACAACUUUCAUUAUCAUGAAUGUAUAUAUAUAUAUAUAGUUAGAAUGUUCUUGUGAAGAGUAAGGAAUAAAUAAAAAAGAAAAAUUUAAAAAUAGAUGUCAAGAACAGUAACAACAGCAUGUGCAUAUGAAGAAAAGUUAUUGCCUAUCUUUAAAUUGUAAAAUUAUGGUUAAGAUGCUUUUACAAACUGUAACUAACUGAAAUUAGGAGAUGUAGGAAACAAUAAAUAAAAUUCAAAUUCAAAUGUAUUUUUUUUUCUUUUCCUAAUAUUGAUGCAAUAUGCACUAAAUAAAUUAUUAAUGAAGUUUUUUUGAAUAAUUAAUGAUUAUUAAAAUCUUUCAAGCUAUUGCAGUAAAUGUUAAAUUAUCAUUAAACCAUUCCUUCCACACAGCUGUCAAAACAGACAAUAAAAUAACUGUAUAUAGUAACGUAUUACAGAAAACAGUGUCCAAUUAUGGCUGUUAUUUGUUUACUCUAAUACUUGUUAACUUCUUGCAACAGACAUUUCCCAUCAAAAUCAAUUUCAGAUGCAAAUAAUUUUUGUUUUACUUCAAGCAUGAUGUAUAAACACUAAAUUUCAACACACUAAAUUUCAAAGUUAAUUUAUCACACAAUUCUUAGAUAAAGUUUAAACAUUUGCAUUUUCCGAUUUUAUUUUUGCUCCCCAAAAACUCUUAACGUCUUAGAAAUAUGCUUAUAUCGAAAUAAAAUAGCAAUUCCUAGAAAAAUAACUAAAUGGUACAAACUAACAUUGAAAAAUUUGACAUAUUUUGACCAUAUUCUUUUCGGAAUUCUUAUAUCACCUUUUAUCUCAAUACACCAUUUUCUCAUAUAUCUGUUUUUUUGGGUUUAUUUGCAAAAUAACAAAAAAAAAGAGAAAUUAAAUUUUUAGUAAGAGUUUAGAGAGAGAUAGGAAGAAAAAUAAAGAGAAAUAGGAUGUUUUUGGUAAGAUAGUGGAUUUGUGUUUUUUUUUUAUGGUUACAGGGUGCAAAUUCCUUUUUUUUUAACUGUAAGUAGUACAGUGUUUUCUUUUAAUUGAAACUUAAGUAGUACAGUGUUACCAGCCUCACACAUUUCUUACCACUAUAUCAACAGAGACCAUCACACAUUUCUCACCACUAUCACACUCAUAAAAGCUCUUACUCUUUCCUAUAAAGACAGAAACUGAAAACACAGUUACUCACUUAACGUCCCUAAAACCUCCGAAAUAAAAUUCCAUGUUGCCUCCGUCAACAUCCCCACGGCAACCAUCGUCACAUCAUAUGGACUUACCCACUCCACAAUCACCAGAUAAAUCCCCCGCGACGAUUCUCCUCGGCAAAUACGAACUCGGUCGCCUUCUCGGCAGCGGUAGCUUUGCCAAAGUCCAUGUGGCUCGUUCCAUCGAAACCGAACAACUUCUGGCCGUCAAAAUCAUCGACAAGAAGAGAACCGCAACGGCCGGUAUGGAACCGAUGAUAAUCCGGGAGAUCGAAGCCAUGCGCCGCCUCCAACACCAUCCUAACGUUCUCACAAUCCACGAGGUCAUGGCCACUAAAACAAAGAUCUAUCUCGUCAUGGAGCUCGCUGCCGGCGGAGAGAUUUACACCAAGAUUCGCGAUUCUGGCCGCCUCAAGGAAUCUGAGGCGCGUCGCUACUUCCAGCAGCUCGUCUCGGCGCUCACUUUCUGCCACCGAGAGGGAAUCGCUCACCGCGACGUGAAGCCCCAGAAUCUCCUCCUCGACAACGAGGGCAACCUCAAGGUCUCCGACUUCGGUUUAUCCGCUUUGCCGGAGGACCGUAGGAGCACCGGAAUGCUCCACACAGCUUGCGGCACGCCUGCUUACACAGCGCCGGAGGUGAUUGCUCAUAGACAUUACGACGGCGCGAAGGCAGACUCGUGGUCGUGUGGCGUCUUCCUCUUUGUUCUUCUCGCAGGUUACGUCCCUUUUAAUGAUUGCCAUAUUGUACUAAUGUACAGGAAGAUCCAAGGGAGAGAUUACAAGUUCCCAAACUGGAUCUCGAAACCUGCUCGAUCCAUCAUCUACAAGUUGCUCGAUCCGAAUCCGGAAACGAGGAUGAGUAUCGAAGCUGUAACUGAAACCAAAUGGUUCAAGAAAUCCCUAAAAACCUCCGAGUUUAAACCCAAUGUCUUGGAAUCGGAUGAACGGUUGGGGCCACUGAGAAGUGAUACGAUCACAGCGUUUGAUUUGAUAUCGUUAUCGACGGAAUGGGAUCUAUCGGGGCUGUUCGAGAGGAGGAAGAUGAAGAGGACGAGGUUUACGGCUAGGGUUUCGGUGGAAGGAGUGGUGGAGAAGGCAAAGGCGAUAGGGGAGAAGUUAGGGUUUAGGGUGAAGGAGAAGAGUGAAGCGAGGGUUGUGGCAUUGAGUAAAGGAAGAACGACGGUGGUGGUCGAGGCGGUUGAGCUGGUGGAAGGUUUGGUUGUGGCGGAGAUGAAGGUGGUGGAAGGUGUGGAGGAGGAGGAGGAUGAGUCUCACUGGUCGGAGAUAACUGUAGGGCUUGAGGAGAUUGUGCUUGCAUGGCACCAUGACGUAUCUAAAAAAUGUUGAAAUAUGAUUUGGCUUAAUUAUCAAUGUUUCAGUUUUGUGAAAUCUCUUCUUGUUUUCUUUUCGUUUUAGGAUUUUUUCCUUGAAUGUUAUCAAUGUUAAAAAAAUUGAAAGGUGAUAAAAGGAUGUCUGAGAAUCAGCUUAUCCCAAAACUCAAGAUAAUAUCCAAAACUCAAACCAAAGAAAGAAUCUUUUCCUAUGCAAAAUUAUCAAAGGAUUUUAAAAUUCAAAAGUUUGAUAACAAAAGGAUUUUCUCUAGUAAAUUCAAAAGAAAAUUAUUAAUUAUUUUAAAAACUUUGGUAGAUGCCAAUCUAAAGUUGAAGAAGCGUUUUAUCCAAAAAUCAAAAUAUAAAAAUUACUUUUUUCUCAUAAAAUCAUUAAGAUAUUAUUAACAUUUGAAAACUAUUUGGCAAUGAAUUUUCCCGCUUAAAAUUAUUAAAACUACUAAUAAUAUACAAAAUCUUAGUAGGUAUUACUCAAAAUGUUGAGAAGAUUUUCAUCCCAAAUCUUAUAAAUAAUUAAUUUUUAGUUGUUGUCAUAGAAAUAGCAUUUAAAAAUCAAAAAGAAUAUUUUAGCAUAAAAUUGCCAAAAUAUUGUUUUUUGUAACUAAUUGCCAAGAUAUUGUUAAUAGUAAUACUCAACAGUAAUAUUAAAAUUUAAUGAUAGGUACGCUCAAGACGCACUAUCAAUUUUUUUUCAAAACUACAAAUUAUAAUAAGUUUUUCCAUAUAAAGUUGUCAAAAUAUUAAUAAUGUUCAAAAUUUGGUAAGUAUUACUCAAAGAUUUAUGCAACAUUUAAUCGAGUGAUUUUACUUUUGGUAUCAUUACGAGUUAUUAAAUUUGAUGGCCACAAUGUUUAAUCAAUGCAACAUUAUAAAAUGAGAAAAAAAAUUCUAAGGGUUACAGACCUCUUUGUCUAAGUAAUGUUAAUUAAAUGGUUUUAAGAAAAAAAAUGAAAUUAUAAAAAAUUAUUUUAACAAAGUUUAGAAUUUCAGAAAUGAAAAUGGAGAUGCAUGUAAGUAAAAGAUAUCCAAAUUAGUUAGCACCACUUACCAAAUUUGUUAUAUUUCAUUCCUUAAUUUUCCAUAAAAUAUCAUCAAAUUCAUUACAUUCAAUUGAAUAUUCCUUAUUUGUCACUUUGACAAAUUUUCUGGUUUUGACUAAACAAUCCAUAAGAUUUUUAGUUGGUAUAUGAAAUAGUGAAGAUUUAACAAUUCAUAUAUUCAUAUAACAAUGAAACACAAAUAAAAUCAAUCAAAUAUCAUAAACAAAAUACAUGACAUAUUUAGCGCCAAAGUAGUACACUAACUUCAUUGGUUGUAAUUACAUAAUUAGUUACUAGCCUUUCGACACUAAUUAAUAGUUUAUUAAUCUUCAACUGAGUUAAAAAAGUUCAUCAAAUUACAUAUAUAGUAUAUACUUUAUUGUAUAUAAAAAUGUCUAAUGUUAUUAGUAGUUUAUUUUGGUAAGAAGAUAGUGAUUAUUUUUGUUUAAUUGGUUUGUUUGAUUAAUAAUCAAAUCAUAUCUAUAUCCAACAUUUUGGUAAAACAAAUCAGUUCAAUUCAGUUUGAUUUUAUAAUUUGAAACAUAUAUAUUGAAAAUAGUUGACUAAUUUAUUCGGAAUUGCAAUAUUACUUUUUGUAUUUGGCUCUUAAUUGAUUGAUUACCUAAAUAUAGAAGCUUAUCAUUUCUUUUCAGGUGGAUACUGUUGCAUACUAUCUCUCUGUCCUGAAACCGCUAUUUCCAAAUGGGAUCAACGUGCUCUUCAUGUUCACGGGCAUUAGUGGUGGAGAAGUGGCGCUUCACCAUCUCCAAAUUCCAAUGAAAACGGUUGUCUCUGUGGAGAUCUCAGUGUGAAUAGAAACAUACCAGAAGUGGUCUUGAAGGUGAGCAGUCUUGCUUGUUCUUCGAUUAUUAUAGGAUUUUGGAGGUGGUUCGUGAGACAACAAAGGAGAUGAGAAGAUCCUUUUACUUAAUUUAAUAAAAUACAUUUGACUUUAUAAUAAUUAUUUUUUCUUGAUAAAAUUAUUAUUUGUGUUUCAUUUUCCUCCCACAUUUAUUAACUAUAUAUUUUUAUGAUACACAAGUUUGUGAGAUAUACUAUGCACAUAUACAAAAUUAGUUUGAAUUACUUUAUUAUAUUUUAUUUUAAACUACUGAUCAAUUAAGUGAUUUAUGAAAACAAACAUAAAAUAUUGACAAUGUUAGAUACUCAAAAGAAUAACAAAAAAAUCGUAGAGGUGUUUUAAUUAUCUACCAAAAUAACAUUUUGAAUAAAUUAGCAAUCUUGACCUUAUUAUUACUGGAAGAAAGCUUCUUAUAUAUGAAGAUUUUUAUUACAACAUAUAUCUUACCUUUAUGAAAUAUAAGCUUGAUCGAAUGUUAAUAGCAGACGACUAUUUUCCAAAUCAUUGUAACCUACCUAUUAAUGUUUCUCUGGCUAAUAGGUAACUAUUGUUCCAAUUGCUUAUGUUUGGGUCGAAUUAAUAGAUAUUUAUAAUUUAAAAAAUAGCAGACGACUAAUGCAAAGAUAUAAUGUUAAUUUGAGUAUAUUACAAAUUGUAAAGAGUGUAAUCCAAUUUGUUAGGUUUAUCAAGAUGUAAUUGUCAAGACAAAAUGACAAUUUUAGAAGACGCAACUGUUGGAAAACUUAAUUGAAUAAAACAAUUAGACAUUUAAUAUCAUAACGAAUGUAAAUGACAAAAAAAUCUAAGUAGACGACUAGAAGUAACUUUAAUGAAGAAAAAAAUAAAUGAGACAACUUCCAUUAUCAUGAAUGUAUCUCUAUAUAUAGCAGACGACUAAUGCAAAGAUAUAAUGUUAAAUUGUGUAUAUUACAAAUUGUAAAGAGUUUAAUACAAUUUGUUAGGUUUAUCAAGAUGUAAUUGUCAAGACAAAAUGACAAUUUUAGAAGACGCAACUGUUGGAAAAAUUAAUAUAAUAAAAUAAUUAACAUGAAUAAUUGGUAACCGAGAUAGGAAACAAUAAAAGUUGUGGUU